AUGCUCACGUCCAUCGACAUCCACAUCCUCAUCAGGCUUGACCAGAUGAUCUUCUUGAGCACCAAUCACCCCAACAGAAAGGCUCUGAUUGGUACAGUACUUAUUUGUGGUGUUUUUGAAAAUGCUGCUAUUCUACUGCUUUUCUUCUGUUCCCUGCCACCCCAAUCGAGGUAA